AUGACAACUGAAGAAAAUGUCCAAAACUUGGGUGAGAAUCAAGCCAUCAACAAUGAUUAUGUUAAAUCUGGAUAUGACAAGGGCCACCUUUACCCCGUGCCCCAGGCAGACGAUCAGUGCGCAGCGUACUCCAUCUUCACCCUGACCAACGCGGCUCCACAGCACCCACACUCCAACAGGGGCUUCGCUGAUGAUGGAAGUUGGUAUGAAGAAGGACAGACUGAAGUUAUAGUCGCAGCUCUGGGGACCCAGCCCUCAGUCUCUAUGGACUCUUCACAAGGAGAACAGACCCGGCUGGUGUGCAGAUCAGAGGGGUGGAGCCCUGAACCUGAAGUGAUCUGGAGAGACAGGGAUGGAAAUGAUGUGACAUCACUGUCCAGCACAACAGUGCAGAGGGACAGUCAGGGGCUCCUCAGUGUCAGCAGCUACAUCAAAAUCAAACAGCAGUCCAAUGUGUUCUCCUGUCAGCUUAGAAGUAAAACACCCAAACCAGACUGGGAAUCCAAACUCCACAUAUCCAGGGAUUUUUUCCCAGGAGUCUCUGGAUGGAUGGUGGCUUUCUGCUUUACUUUAGCUCUCAGUAUUGGAGUCAUUGCUCUGCUGGUUUUCGUAGGGAGAAGAAUGGAUAGAAAGUUGAAAAUGUGUGAAGAUAAAGCCAUUCUUCAUCUUCGAGAUGAACUGGAGUCUGUGAGCCGCGUCCUUAAAUCAGAAUGGAAGUGGAUCCUCAGCUCAGCAGUUGAUGUGACUCUGGACCCUGAUACAGCGCACCCCCGGCUCACCCUGUCUGCGGAGGGGAAACGAGUGAGACUGGGAGAGACAUGGCAGGAUCUCCCUGACACUCCAGAGAGAUUUGAUUACUGGCUCUGUGUGCUGGGCAGGGAGGGCUUCACCUCGGGGAGACGCUACUGGCAGGUGCAGGUGGGGGGGAAUACAUGGUGGAGAUUAGGAGUCAGCAGAGAGUCUGCCCAGAGGAAGGGGGGGUUCAGCAUGAACACCCAGCAGGGUUACUGGACUAUGUGGUGGAGUGGAGGUGAGUUCACUGCUCUCACUGACCCCCAGACCCCCCUCCCCCUGAGUCUGAAGCCCCAGAAGCUGGGGGUGUAUCUGGAUUAUGAGGAAGGGCAGCUCUCCUUUUACAAUGUGGAGAGCAGAUCUCACAUCUACACUUUCACUGACAUGGAGUUCAAUCCCAAUGAGAAACUCUAUCCAUUCUUCUGUACUGUGGACAGUGAUACAGACCUUGUGCUGGAGUCCCCUGACCCUGACCCUGUCAGCGCUGCAGAUUAAACACACAUUGCUGUCUGAACCAGGAAACUAUUCAAACAGCUCAGACAGUCUCCUCUUCACUUUCACUGCCACUCUCUCUGCACUCUUCUGGGCUGAUGAGAAGAAAUCCUCUCUCUUCCACCCUCUUACCCUGAGCCCCUCCUCUUUAUUACUCUACACCCCUUUUCCUACUCUCCCUUCCUGUCUGCCUCUCUC